GUCCCGGCCGCGCUCGGAAUUGUGGGCGACUCGGCUAAUGGCGUCGGCGAGUCUCGGGGCUCUUAGGAGCCGGCGCUGAAGCUUCUCGCCAGGUUGGCUGGUGACAACCCGUGUGGCCAGUCCUGCGUCAGCGAGAGGGACCUGCCCGCCUUGUGGGCUCCUCGGCCGGAGCUGGCGGAGACUCACGGGGCAGGGCGACUGCGGGGGCCCCUCGGGUAAGAGCCGGAGGAGUUGCGACGAGGCUGCGGGGGGCGCUCGGCUCGCAGCCCAGGCCCCGUCGAGCCCCGUUGGAGCCCAAGAGGUGGACUGCCCCAGGGCCGGAGGUGCCUGGACGGAGCUGCCUGUGGUUCCAAAGAGCUGACGGUGUCGGAGUUGGUUUGCGCCUUUCAGAAAUUGGCACGGAGCUUGGUGGAUCAUGUCGGGCACUAACAGCCCCGAAGCAGUUAAGAAGCUGCUGGAGAAUAUGCAGAGCGACUUACGGGCCUUGUCCCUGGAAUGCAAGAAGAAAUUCCCACCUGUCAAGGAGGUAAGCUUCAGGCGACGACGGAGCAGGCACGGCUGCUGAAUCAGGAAUAAUAAAAGUUAAAACAAUAGCUGCACGAAACACCGAAAUUUUGGCAGGAUACCAAUAAAUCCCUGAAUGGUGGGAUUUCAAAGAGUAUUACAAAAUGAAAUGAAGACUUUAGGGGGCAGUUUAAGGGUGACAGCACUGAAAGACAACAGCUCAGAAGUUGUUCAGCCUUUUCUAAUGGGUUGUGGAACCAAGGAACCGAAGAUCACUCAGCUAUGUUUGGCCGCCAUUCAGAGACUCAUGUCCCAUGAAGUUGUGUCUGAGACUGCAGCUGGAAAUAUAAUUAACAUGCUUUGGCAGCUAAUGGAAAAUAGUCUUGAAGAACUUAAGCUACUUCAAACUGUUCUUGUUCUCUUAACAACCAAUACAGUAGUUCAUGAUGAGGCACUCUCUAAGGCAAUUGUGCUUUGUUUUCGACUACACUUCACAAAAGAUAAUAUUACAAAUAAUACAGCUGCUGCUACAGUACGACAAGUUGUUACUGUUGUCUUUGAGAGGAUGGUUGCUGAAGAUGAACGACACAGAGAUAUUAUAGAACAACCAGUACUAGUCCAAGGAAAUAGUAACAGAAGAUCUGUCAGCACCCUCAAACCUUGUGCCAAAGAUGCAUAUAUGCUUUUCCAGGACCUCUGUCAGCUGGUUAAUGCUGAUGCCCCUUACUGGCUAGUAGGCAUGACAGAAAUGACCCGAACAUUUGGCCUAGAAUUACUUGAGUCAGUCCUGAAUGAUUUUCCACAAGUCUUUUUACAACAUCAAGAAUUUAGUUUCCUCCUCAAAGAAAGGGUAUGUCCUCUUGUGAUAAAGCUCUUUUCUCCAAAUAUAAAGUUCAGACAAGGUUCCAGCACUUCAUCUUCUCCAGCACCAGUUGAAAAACCCUAUUUUCCUAUAUGCAUGCGUUUGCUGAGGGUCGUAUCUGUUCUGAUUAAGCAAUUUUACAGUCUUUUGGUAACUGAAUGUGAAAUAUUUCUGUCACUUCUGGUGAAAUUUCUGGAUGCAGAUAAACCACAGUGGCUACGAGCUGUAGCAGUGGAAUCAAUACACAGACUCUGUGUGCAACCUCAGCUAUUGAGGUCAUUUUGUCAGUCCUAUGAUAUGAAACAGCAUUCUACUAAGGUGUUUCGUGAUAUUGUGAAUGCUCUGGGAUCUUUUAUCCAGUCAUUAUUUCUUGUCCCUCCGACUGGAAAUCCUGCUACAACAAACCAAGCUGGAAACAAUAAUUCAGCUGGCCCUGUCUCAGCACCAGCUAACUCAGGAAUGUUGGGGAUUGGUGGAGGUGUUACUUUGCUGCCAGCAUUUGAAUAUAGAGGAACUUGGAUACCUAUUCUGACUGUAACAGUACAAGGCAGUGCUAAAGCAACCUACCUAGAGAUGUUGGACAAAGUUGAGCCCCCAACUAUACCAGAAGGUUAUGCUAUGUCUGUGGCAUUCCAUUGCUUGCUAGACCUUGUACGUGGAAUCACUACUAUGAUUGAAGGAGAGCUAGGAGAAGUUGAAACAGAAUGUCUGACUACUACCACUGAAGCAGUUUCUUCACCAACACAGUCAUCAUCAGAACAGCAAGAAUUCCAGUCAACAUCAGACCAGAUGGAUAAGGAAAUAGUUAGUAGAGCUGUUUGGGAAGAAAUGGUCAAUGCCUGCUGGUGUGGUCUACUUGCUGCACUCUCACUCCUUCUUGAUGCCAGCACAGAUGAAGCUGCCACUGAGAACAUUUUAAAAGCUGAACUGACGAUGGCUGCUCUUUGUGGAAGACUGGGCCUUGUAACUUCAAGGGAUGCCUUUAUAACUGCAAUGUGCAAAGGUUCCCUGCCUCCCCAUUAUGCUCUCACUGUACUGAAUACCACCACUGCAGCCACACUUUCCAACAAAUCAUAUUCCAUUCAGGGCCAAAAUGUUAUGAUGAUCAGUCCAUCAAGUGAAUCUCACCAGCAGGUUGUAGCAGUGGGUCAACCACUAGCAGUCCAGCCUCAAGGAACAGUGAUGCUAACUUCUAAAAAUAUCCAGUGUAUGAGGACUUUACUUAACUUGGCACACUGCCAUGGGGCUGUUCUUGGAACAUCAUGGCAACUUGUCUUGGCAACUCUACAGCAUCUUGUAUGGAUUUUGGGAUUAAAGCCUAGUAGUGGUGGUGCUUUGAAACCUGGGAGAGCUGUGGAAGGACCCAGUACAGUCCUAACAACAGCAGUCAUGACAGAUUUACCAGUGAUUUCUAAUAUUCUUUCAAGAUUGUUUGAAAGCUCACAGUAUCUUGAUGACGUAUCACUGCAUCAUUUAAUAAAUGCACUUUGUUCCUUAUCCCUUGAAGCAAUGGAUAUGGCCUAUGGAAAUAAUAAGGAACCAUCUCUUUUCGCUGUUGCCAAAUUGCUAGAAACUGGUCUAGUUAACAUGCACCGAAUAGAAAUUCUGUGGAGACCUCUUACUGGCCAUCUACUUGAGAAGGUGUGCCAGCAUCCAAACUCUCGAAUGAGAGAAUGGGGCGCAGAAGCUUUAACUUCACUUAUUAAAGCAGGAUUAACAUUUAACCAUGAUCCUCCACUUUCACAAAACCAGAGGCUGCAGUUGCUUUUACUGAACCCAUUAAAGGAGAUGUCCAGUAUUAACCACCCGGAUAUCCGACUCAAGCAGUUAGAAUGUGUGUUGCAGAUUUUGCAGAGUCAGGGAGACAGUCUUGGGCCUGGAUGGCCAUUAGUACUUGGAGUUAUGGGAGCAAUCAGAAAUGAUCAAGGAGAAUCUUUGAUACGAACUGCAUUCCAGUGUCUUCAGUUGGUUGUGACAGAUUUUCUACCAACGAUGCCUUGCACUUGCCUGCAGAUAGUUGUAGAUGUUGCAGGUAGCUUUGGACUUCAUAACCAAGAGCUUAAUAUUAGUUUAACUUCAAUAGGUUUAUUAUGGAAUAUUUCAGAUUAUUUUUUCCAAAGAGGAGAAACUAUUGAAAAAGAAUUAAAUAAAGAAGAAGCAGCACAGCAAAAGCAGGCAGAAGAGAAAGGAGUGGUUUUAAAUCGACCUUUCCAUCCUGCACCACCGUUUGACUGCUUGUGGUUGUGUCUUUAUGCAAAGUUGGGUGAACUAUGUGUGGACCCCCGUCCUGCUGUCAGAAAGAGUGCAGGGCAAACCCUGUUUUCAACAAUUGGUGCACAUGGAACUUUAUUACAGCAUUCAACGUGGCACACUGUUAUUUGGAAGGUUCUCUUUCAUCUGCUGGACCGAGUUCGAGAGUCUUCUACCACUGCAGACAAAGAAAAGAUUGAGUCUGGAGGUGGCAAUAUCCUCAUUCAUCAUUCAAGAGACACAGCAGAGAAGCAGUGGGCUGAGACAUGGGUUUUAACACUGGCCGGCGUAGCGAGAAUCUUCAACACUAGAAGAUAUUUACUGCAACCUUUAGGAGAUUUUUCAAGAGCAUGGGAUGUUCUUCUUGACCAUAUACAGUCAGCAGCACUCAGCAAAAAUAAUGAAGUAUCUUUGGCUGCACUGAAAAGCUUCCAAGAAAUUUUACAGAUUGUGUCACCUGUCAGAGACUCAGAUAAGCCUGAGACACCACCAGCAGUAAAUGUACCUGUGCCUGUCCUUAUAGGGUCCAUAUCAGGCCCAGGCCUGAACAGGCCAUUUGUAAGGACAGAUUCCAUUGGAGAAAGACUUGGAAGAUAUAGCAGCUCUGAGCCACCCAUAGUGACUGAUGAGCUUGAAGAUUUGAAUCUCUGGUGGGCUGCUUGGAAUACCUGGUAUAGAAUUGGAUCUGAAAGCACUAAGCCUCCUGUUACUUUUGAUAAACUAACUUUCAUUCCCAGCCAGCCUUUUCUUACAGCUUUAAUUCAGAUAUUUCCAGCUCUCUAUCAACACAUAAAAACUGGUUUCAACAUGGAUGACUUGCAAAAAUUGGGAGUCAUAUUACACAGUGCUGUUUCAGUCCCAAUAAGUUCAGAUGCAUCUCCUUUCAUUCUUCCAUCUUAUACUGAAGCAGUUUUGACCAGUUUACAGGAAGCUGUACUUACAGCUCUAGAUGUUCUCCAAAAGGCUAUCUGUAUAGGACCUGAAAACAUGCAGAUAAUGUAUCCAGCUAUAUUUGACCAGUUACUGGCAUUUGUAGAAUUUUCCUGUAAACCUCCACAGUAUGGACAACUGGAAACAAAACACAUUGCAAAUGCGAAAUAUAAUCAGAUCCAACUAUUUGCACCGGCAGAAUGGGUUGCCUUGAAUUAUGUACCAUUUGCUGAAAGGUCUUUAGAAGUAGUUGUGGAUUUAUACCAAAAAACAGCCUGUCACAAAGCAGUGGUGAAUGAGAAAGUACUCCAAAAUAUUAUUAAGACUCUUAGGGUUCCUCUCAGUUUGAAGUAUUCCUGCCCUUCUGAAAGUACAUGGAAACUAGCAGUAUCUUCUCUCCUCAAAGUUCUUUCUAUUGGGCUACCUGUUGCCCGGCAGCAUGCUUCUUCCGGAAAAUUUGACAGUAUGUGGCCAGAACUAGCCAACACUUUUGAAGACUUUCUCUUUACUAAAAGCAUACCUCCAGAUAACCUCUCUAUUCAAGAAUUUCAAAGAAAUGAAAGUAUUGAUGUUGAGGUAGUUCAGCUUAUCAGCACUGAGAUACUACCUUACGCCAAUUUUAUUCCUAAGGAAUUCGUUGGUCAGAUAAUGACUAUGCUUAAUAAGGGCUCAAUACAUUCUCAGUCAUCUUCAUUUACAGAAGCAGAGAUUGAUAUUCGUUUGAGAGAAGAAUUUUCUAAAAUGUGUUUUGAAACAUUGCUCCAGUUUUCCUUCAGUAAUAAAGUCACAACACCUCAAGAAGGCUACAUCUCACGAAUGGCACUCUCAGUGCUUCUAAAGAGGUCUCAAGAUGUACUGCAUCGUUAUAUAGAGGAUGAAAGACUAAGUGGUAAAUGCCCUCUUCCAAGGCAACAAGUAACAGAAAUCAUAUUUGUUUUAAAAGCAGUCAGUACUCUCAUUGAUUCACUUAAGAAAACUCAGCCUGAGAAUGUUGAUGGAAAUACCUGGGCACAAGUAAUUGCCUUAUACCCAACUUUAGUAGAAUGUAUCACCUGCUCAUCCUCAGAAGUCUGCUCUGCACUUAAAGAGGCACUAGUUCCUUUUAAGGAUUUCAUGCAACCACCAGCAUCCAAAGUUCAAAAUGGAGAAUCUUGACCAGCUACAAUACAUUUAAAGAAGGAAGAUAACUGAAGAAUGUAACUCAUCAGUGAGUUUUCUAUGAGAAGGACAUUUCUUACAACAAAUAAUUCUUGGCAGCUGUUGUUGGCCUCCUUUAAAUUUUACUUACCUGAGUUAAGUAAUUCAUACUACAGUCUUACAUGUCAACAAAGGCUCCUGAAUGAGUAGCAGUAUAAGCCUUUAAUAAAUUAAACUGAUGAGAGAGAUGGUUAAUACCACAGCAUACCUGCUACCAUAUCUUCAGUUGGUGAUUUAAAAGUGAGCUUAUGUACAGUUUGUGGUAAAUGUGUUAAUGAUGUACUUUUUAAAAAGAAAGAAAAGAUAUUUCCUUUAGUCAGAUUUAUUAGGCUGGUCUUUUUGCGCCCUUUUUCUAGUACAAAAUUGUACUAAAAUUUUAUGCAAGAUGGUACUGUAACAUUCCAUAUUGUCUAUAACCAGCCUUUGUAAACAAAGGGAACUGAUAUACUUGUGUGUAUAAUAAAUGGUACAGUUCUGUAUAAAACAGUUGCAUUUAUUAUUUAAAUUUUUAAAAAUAUUGAUAAUGUUAAAUGCUUGAAGCUGUAUUUAUUGUUAAUACAAAAUUGUUUGCUUACAUUUUUACUUAUAAUUUGCCUUCUUAAGUGGCAGAUAUGCUCACCAUAUGAUCACGCGGUUAGCUUAAUGUCUAUUUUAAAUGUAUUUACUAGUGACUAUUAAACAUCUGACCAGGAAGGUCAUGUGAACACAGCAGAGCAGAUAGUAUAUGAUUUGCUGAUUUUGCAAUUUUGAAGUAUAGGUCAUUAACUUAAUAUAUUGUAGCACUAUGACUCCAUCAUACCUCAUUUCUUUAAAUAUCUUUCCCAGAUUUCACAUAAGUACAUCUUUUUAUAUUUGCUGUCUUGAUUUUAAAGACUUUUCGUAUUUUAUAUUUCUACUUAUUUUUUUCCCCCACUAACAACACUUAUCACUGUCUUUGAAAUAUAACCCAGGUAAGAUGAUUUCAGAUUUCCUAAAAUUUUGCUGUGAGGUUUUGUUCAUUUCAGUGCUUCAUUUUGUAAUAUAUUUUCAAGAAGAAAAUUAUUAUGGUAACCCACAAAUAUAAAAUAUGUGUGUAUUCUAAAACAAUGAGAAGUGUAUUUUUGGAGAUAGUGAAGCAUUUAGAAAUGCAGUAAACUUUCUGUCAUGGAGUAAAAUGCUAAUUUUGUUUCAUUUUCCUAUCUUAGUGAAGAAGAAAAGUGCUCUUGAGUACAUUAACGUGUUUCUUAAAAAACUGACUGCCCUAGCUACCGUAUUUUUUCUCUAAUAGAUUAUGGUAUUAUCAUAUUUUUCUUGACUUAAAUUUUCCUAAUUAUGUCAAGACUCAAAGAUGUUUAAAACAAUGAUUAUUCAUAAAAAAAUCAUAAUGGUCUUAAUACUAUUUUAGUGUUCUAGGAGGCUUUUGUUGUUGUUGUUUUCCGCUGUGCCCAUGGCAUAUGGAAGUUCCUGGGCCAGGUGACUGAACCAGCACCACAGCUACAACUCAAGCCACUACAGUGAGUGACAACACUGGAUUCCUCACCCACUACACCACAAGGGAACCUCAGGAAGGCCUUUGAUUUUAAUAGAAUUUAUAAAUUUUAGCCUCUCCAGAAUAAUUACAAAAAUAUGAGAGGAUAUUAGAAUUGAGUAAUGUAUACAGUUUUGAGGCUGCUGUAAUUGUGUAUUUAAUUUGCACUAUUUUCUGUAAACAUAUGGUAAGAUCUUUUUUUGAGAGGGUAUUAUUUUAUUUACAUGAAUUAAUGAAUUUCUAUUUUAUAAUUUCACCUAAAAUUAAGGUAUAAUAUGGCAUUUCCUAGAUUCUAUCUUUAGCAUUUUCCUUAAAGAAAGUUGUAAAAAAAAGAAAUUCAACCUGUGUAUUUAUUUGGCCAUGAUAAACUGGGGAUUAGAAAAAUCUACAUAUUACUGAUAAAGUAUUGAAAUAGAGUAAAAAUUCCAGUUCAAUAACACGUUAAAAAUAUUGGCAUGAAUUUACAUGAAGUAAAAAAAAUAUGUCUGUUCUUGGGAAACAACAGAUCAGUUGCAAUCAGAGUAAUUAUUCUCUAGUAAGAAUUAAAUGUGAGUCAAGGGUAUGCAGUGAAUAUUUAUAUAAACUGAAUAACUUUAGCUAAUAUUGUAUUAGUUUUCAAUACUAGGACCAUACUUUACAGAUAACAAAACAUAAAUGUGGCGAAUGUGUAAAUACCAUGUAACAUGGUAAUCAUUGCCAGUCUUAGUAACAAGCAAAGUUGUCUGCCCCCUUCAUAGUAUACUUUGACAGGUUUUUCCUCCUAGAAUAUCUCCUGCUAGCCCCAGGAAUCAUCACUAGCAGUUAAUUCCCUUGAGUCAAGUCUGCAUUUUCUAAAAUAAAUUCUGAUGCCUGGAGAGGUUAGCACAUUGCCCUUCUCUUGUUGGUAUGAAUUCCCUUCUUUAGUAACUAGAAGAACUAGGCCAUGUGAGAUUACUGGAUGCUGUGAGAUUCAAAAAGGAAGCUUCCAAAGCUAAGACCAUUUUAUGGCAUAUUUGAGACUAUGACUAGUCUUUGAAACCAUGGUAAUAAUGCCAUUUGAGAUACAUAGUAUAAUACACUGAGUUAGGAGUUCCCACUGUGGCACAGUGGGUUAAAGAUCCAGUAUUGCUGCAGCUGUGGUGUAGGCUGCAGUUGCAGCUUGGAUUCAGUCCCUGGCCCAGAAACUUCCAUAUGCCGUGGGUACAGCUAUAAAAGAAAAAUAAAUUAAGUAAGUAAGUAAAUACAUAAAUACAAUGAGUUUUGAGCCUCAUGUAGUCAUUUUUUGUCACUGACAGUGCCUGUCUUACAUAGAUUGCCCUACAGCUGCAUAUGCAGAGAGGUGGAUUAAAGUCCUUUUCAGACUAUUUUUCCAUCAUAAAGGAAACAAACUAAUUUUCAACUUAAAUAACUUACUAAUGUAAUGUUACUAUUGCCAAAAAGAAUAGGUCAUGUUGUAGUUUUUUAUUUAAUAUAUCUUUAUAACUAGUUUUAAAGUUUUUUGUUAGUUUUAUUAUAUACAUUCAUAGCAUUUAUAUAUUAGGAGCUUGCUAGGUGCCAAAAGAAAAAAAUGCAUGAAGGUCUGGCUUAGAGUGAACCACUUUUCACUUGCUUUCAUUUUUUCUUUUUUUUUUUUAGGGCCUCACCCGCAGCAUAUGGAGGUUCCCAGGCUAGGGGUCAAAUCGGAGCUGUAGCUGCCUGCCUAAGCCACAGCCACAGCCACACAGGAUCUGAGCCUUGUCUGCCACCUACACCACAGCUCACAACAAUGCCAGGUCCUUAACCCGCUGAGCAAGGCCAGGGAUCAAACCUGCAUCCUCAUGGAUGCUAGUCAGAUUCAUUAACCACUGAACCAAGAUGGGAACUCUUCAUUUGCUUUCAUUUUAUAUUUUAUUAUAUUAAUAGCUAUGUUGUUUCUUACCUGUUUUCCCCCAUAUAUUGAUUCAACUCUAGCUAUAUUAUUUAAAUUACAUGUAGUUCCAGAAGGAAGAUAGGAACAAUUUAGCAUACAUAUUUUAUUCUGAUGAAUAACAUUCAGUUCAUUUAAUUCUGUAGCUGGCCAAUAACUCAAGUUAUUUGUCCUUUCUCAGUGUCACCAGAGAGUAUUUUAUUAUCACAAUUUGGUAUCUCUAGCCCUAAGUAACCAUUGGGCCGAAGGGUCAGUCAAGAAACAGAGAAUGAAACAAUAAUAUAUUUCAUUAAUAUAAUGAAAAUAUUAAUGAGAUUAUCAUUAUUACAUUUGUGUUAAUGGAUGGCAGUGUAGUUAUUAUAUAAGACUACUAUAUUCUUCCCAUAUAUAGAACAAUUCAGGCAGGCAACCAAAUCUUUGAGCCUGCUGUAGGUGAUGUGAUGUCUUUCUAGCCAAGGCAGAAUUCUUUCAGGAACCCACCUACCUGUGAUUGCUAUAGAUAUUAAUAGUGGAAAUUUACGAGCCUCUGGAAUUAAUGUCGAAGCAGAGAAUAUUGUGGAUUAUUUUUUUUUAAUAGAAAACUAACACAAAUGUAGAUAAAAAUGGUCUCAUGAAAGCAUUGCCAGCAGCCUAGUAUGUUCUUUAGAUUUCCACUUCUCUGGUUUGACCGUUUUGGCAGAUAACGCUGAUCUUGUGUAAACAACAACAUUUUACUAUGCUUAGUGUUCCAGGGUCGUAUUUAUCUAAAUUAUUAGAGUGAAUUAUGCUUUUUUUUUUUAAUCAUUUGUGAGAAGAACCAGGAGUUCAUACCCCAUGGUGAGUUUCCAAUUUAUAUACAAUGGGAAAGCAGUUUUUAAUGUUUCAAAAUCACUUGAAUUAAAUCUUUUUAAAUCUCUGGCAAGUGGACUGGUGCUUUCAGUUUGAGUGAAGAGUUUUUAUAGAUUGGGAAAGAAAGUUAUGCCUUUGUGUCUUAUAUAAAAAACUAUUCCAGAGGAGUUAAAUAUCACUUUCUUAUAAAUCUAGAAAUUUAGAAUGCAUUAGCAGUUUUGGCUCUUGUUAAGGGAUUGAGUUGUGAUCCUUUUGAGAAUCUAAACAAUCUUAGUAAUCCUGACUAAUUGUCAGGCAGUGAGGACCUGAGGCCCUUCCUCUUACUCAACUUCAAGGAUGUUAACUUUUCUUUUCUCUUUUCACUUCUCUCUUCUUUUUUCUCCUUGACUUUUUGGGGCUGCACCGUGGCAUAUGGAGGCUUCUAGGCUAGGGGUCAGAUUGGAGCUGUAGCUGCAGGCCUACGCCACAGCCACAGCAACUCCGGAUCCAAGCUGUGUCUACAACCUACAUCACAGCUCACAGUAAUGCCAGACCCUUAACCCACUAAGCUAGGACAGGGAUCAAACUGGAGUCCUCAUGGAUACUAGUCAGAAUUUGUUUCUACUGAGCCACAACGGGAACUCCAAUCAUGUUAACUUUUCAAAGUAUCUGUUAUCUCUAAAACAGAGACAAUAAUCAAUGAAUUACUUACUCAUUCUUUAGGGAAAUCAUAGUUUGAAUUUUGAAUUGAUUUCAUAAUGACCUUCUUAGGAUAACUAUUGAAGUUGUUUGAUAAAUUUAUUACAAUUAAUUGAGACCUUUGGCUAUAUAUUUUUUCCUGCAUCAUUUUCUUCCCUUCUCUCUCUUAAGAAAUUAUGUGUUUAUUCCCUUUCUUAGGCUUUCCCUUAAUUUUUCUAUUUUUUUCCUUUCAUUUCUCUUUCGUUCUCUUCCUCUUUUCCAGCCUUUCCUCUAACUUCACUAUACCUGUUCAGAAGAAACAGCUAUUAGUGGUAGAACCACUGCCAUUCUAUUAAACAAGUCUCUGGAAAUACCUUCUUCUUUGGCCACUGUUGCUUAUUUACAAACGUGAAGUCCCCCUGCUAUUACAAAUAGCUGAACAAGUUGAAAUAAUUUGUGGCUAUAGCUCCUACUGUCUUUCUCAGUCCACAGGAUUCAGCAGCCAGGAUGCUCACAAAAUGAGAUUGCUAUAAAUAUGAUGAAUUCAGUAGCUAAACUUGGAACAGUCUUGUCUUUUAUGUGGAUAGAAAGACUAUACCACUUUUCUCAAAAGAGAGUCUUUAAUAGUCUGUUUACAUGAGUUUUUGUUUUUGAAGUUUUUUUUUUUUUUCCCCCCCCUUCAGGAGGAGGAAAGGGUUUUUUAAUUUGUUUUUGGAGGCAGAUACUGUGAACUAUUUUAUAUUUAUGUUAUCUAAAUAUUAUGUAUUAAUGUAUAAUAUUUGCAUGGUGCCUAUUUUCAAGGAGGACUUGAGGCAGCAUAUUGCCCAUGUGUUUCAGCUGUUUUCAUUUUUCUGUUAAAAGCAGUCUUCUUUGAUAGAAGACCUAGAAUGUUAUAUUCUUCUUCUCCAAGUCUUUGUUGGGUGUAUUUGCUAUUCAUGUACUUGGUACUUACAGCGACACAGAGGUCAGUUGAAACCUUCUUAAUUGAUUCUAGCACCUCAGAAAGGAAAAAAGAAACUAUUGUACCCUUGAAUUUUGAGAUCAUUUUUAGUUGCUGCAAGUGUGGUUAUAUUAAAUUUUAUUUUAAACUAACGUUCAGUUAAAUAGUACAACCAGGGAAGAUCUGCUAAACCAUGCCAUUAUUUGGGAAACUAUUGCAAUAUAAUACCAACUGCUCUUUCUGUGAAGUUUAACUAGAUGGGAGAAAAAUUCCAAAACUAUAAUGCUGCAAUCAUAUUCUUUUUAUCUAGAAAAAUAAAAUAUUAGACUUCAGCCCCAA